AUGCAAAAAAACUACCCAGAGGAAGAGGAGGAAGAAGAGGAGGAGGAAGAGGAGGAGGAGGAAGAAGAGGAGGAGGAAGAAGAGGAGGAGGAAGAGGAAGAGGACGUGUGGUGGGGGAGUGUAGUGGGGAGGGGUGGGGAGGAGAGGAGAAGGGGUGAGGAAGAGGAAGAGGAAGAGGAAAUUACCUGGAGCGUGAGCAUGAGGGGUGUGAAUGCGGUUUUAAUUUUGACGGAGAUGCAGAUGAAGAUGAGGAUUUCGCCAUACUUUAACUAA